AAAGAAAAACAACUACCACAGCACAUGACGUCGCAGAGGCACUGUCGUAAAAAUUUGCUGAAGGAAGUGACAGUCCCCGCGCCUGCGCGGCGCCGAUUGCGUUCCGGGUACGUAUUGCGCAGUGAAACGCCAUCCGUCGAUCUAUUUUACGGUAGCAAUAUACGUCACCCACCCACACACAAAAGCCUUAACCCUGGAGAACCCAAGAACCCUUUUCUUCUUUGGAAAAUUAUGAAUUAUACAUUAAAUGACUGCUAUAGGUUCACUGAACACCAAAAUAUGUUUUUUCAAUUUUAACCCUUUAUUCCCUAAUUUAGAAUUAGGACGAAAUUAGACCCUUUGGGAUUUAGGGGUAUCAUUUCGAAAAAUCAGAAUAACAAAAACUGUCAAUAAACUAUUGACAAGAAAUUGUCAGCAAAAAUCAGGAAAUUUACUUUCUCUGCAAGCGAUUCGCAUAACUUCACUACAAUGUCUCCACCAACUCCCAACUGACUCUUUUUUGGCCCUUUUUGUCCAUUGACACCACCUUUUCCUUGAUAUAUGUCAAAGUCGUGCAGGAGGCCAGUGACACAACAGCGCGCCCACACUUUGAAUCCCCAGGGAUGUGGCUUUCCUUUGAUAUAUUACCUUAUGCCACCAAAUUUACCUUGGUAAAUUUGUCCCCUCCGGGGCUCCGUACCUUUGCACGGCACCAUCAUUUCAUCAAUGGAUUGUUUUUGUCGAAGAGCGUUUACGUUUGUUUUACUUAACCGGAUAUGACGUUUACGUCUGCGCCACGUGCCUUGCGUAACCUUUACGUAGCUCCGUCUUGGUGGAGGUCAUAAGGCGAUCGAAACAUCCGCAUGCUAACGAACUCUUUUAAUAAUAAUCAGUAAUGAAACAUCCCCUCAAUAUAUUACAUAUAUGAAGUAUGGCUAUUGGGCAUUUAUGUUCAUACAGUUGAAAAAUAAUAACUACCACGCCACGUGACGUCGCAGAAGUGCUGUCGUAAAAAAAAAUGCUAUGUAGAUGUCGUCCAUGCGUAGAACCGAUUGCGUUUCCGGGACGGAUCGCGCAGUGACAGUGACAACAGCAACAAUACCGCCCCCAGGAAUUGUCUGGAAUUCCAUGUCGACAUGUCUCUGAUCUCCCUCGGUGAGAAUUUUGGGCCUUAUGCUGGACAGAACAUACACAGGCGGCGUCGUCUGAACUUUGACUCACCAGCCGUUGUUGUUCUCCUUUCUGGCUUCAGCAUGCUCCACCCUGACGUGCUGACCACGGGAGCAGACGCUGGCCUCACGCGACAUUCCAGAGAUGUUUCGGGAAUCAAGUCACUUGAGGCUUUCUGCGGGUAGAGUGGAGCUGCUGUGCGAUGCCCUCCAGCGGAUGGUGUGUUGGGCCGAAGAUGGCGUUGCACUGAGGCCAACAUGCUGGUGAGGCAGCGACUUUGACGACAGUCCUUGAAAACACGGCCUCUGAUGUGCAGUUGAAUCAUGGGAAACGUGGAGAGUCAAAAUGGAGAGAGUGGCUUCAUCUGCAGCUCAACAGGUCACCUGUCCCGUAAACACAUCUCCCGCUCCCUCCGUCUCUCCGGCAAGCAGCCAAUUACACGCCGCACCCGCCACUCCUCAUCAGCGAAACAGCAGCACCGCAACUCUGAAGCGUCCACACGCUCCUCUAGCACUCCCAGCAUCCCUCAGUCGCUGGCCGAGAGCGGCCUGGAGCCGUUCGAUGCUACUGACGGCCUGGCGGACUUUGGCAUCAACCCCCACUGGACGCAGCGCGUCGCCAUGACGAUGAGGCCCGAGUCCUUCCAGCAGGAUGACGACACCUUGGCCACGCCCACACCUGAGACGUCUGAGGCGGACACCCUGGCCCACGAUGGCGGCGAGGACUCCGCGGGGGAGGCGGAGUCAGGCGAGAGGGCGUUCCUCCAGCAGACCAACGACAGCUCCAGCUUUAUGAAGAAGCGCUCAAAGUCAGCUGACAUGUGGCGGGAGGACAGUCUGGAGUUUUCUUUGUCGGAUCUCAGCCAGGGACACCUGACCAGCACUGAGGAGAUGGUGGAUGGCGGCGAGGAGGAAGAGGAGGAAGAGCAUUUCACAAGACCCAGAGGCUCUGCAGGUGCAGCAGAGAGGGCCUCGUCUCUGGACCACCUGUGCAGUCAUCAGAGUCCAGGCCUCAGGGGCCAAAGGCACCGCCACGACAAAGCCCACAGAGAUGUCCAGCACGACAGGGACGCUGAGGCGGUGCUGAUGUCCCCGGGUGAGGAUGACAGCGGCGCCUAUGGAGCCUUCACGCUCCCUUGCAGACGCUCACACUGCCUUUCCGAGGGCCUGGCGGGGAUCAGAGGCGUGGCACCCACGCCGUGUCACGUUUUUCAGGGACGACGCGCACAAACCACUCAGGAUAUCUCCACCGUGCUGGGAGAGGGAAGCGAGUACGGCGACAGCGGUAUCGACGGUGUGGCCGCCGAGACGGACGUGGACGGUGAGCCGUUGUCGCGCCGCUGCAAGGCCAUGUCGGCGUCCUUUUCCGUGUACUCGGCCACGGAGAGCAUGGUCUUCAAUGGCAGUGACAGCGGUAGCAGCAGCGCCGGCGGGGCGGAGGGACGCGGGGGCGUCUACGAGAACUUCCGGAAGGAGCUGGACAAUCAAGUCUGGGCACAUCAAGGUCGGGAUUGCUUGGAGGAGGCGGGCUCAGCAGUGAGCGACGAGCAGAGCAGCGGCACGCUCAGCAGCGCCUAUCCAUCCGACUCUGCGACGGGCUGCGCUCACGGCACUGUCAGGAAGGCAGGCGCGCUGGCCGUGAAGAACUUCUUGGUCCACAAGAAGAACAAGAAGGUGGAACCUGCCACCAGACGCAAGUGGAAACACUACUGGGUCUCUCUGAAAGGCUGCACUCUGUUCCUGUACGAGUCUGACGGACGCUCGGGAAUCGACCACAACAGCGUUCCGAAACACGCUCUGUGGGCGGAGAACAGCAUCGUCCAGGCAGUACCUGAACACCCCAAGAAGGAUUUUGUCUUCUGCCUCAGCAACUCUGCAGGAGACGCCUUCCUCUUCCAGACGUCGGGCCAGACGGAACUGGAGAACUGGAUCACGGCGAUCCACUCUGCAUGUGCAGCCGCCCUGGCCCGCCAGCACCACCGGGAGGACACGGUGCGCCUGCUGCGGACCGAGAUCCGCAAGCUGGAGCAGAAGAUUGACAUGGACGAGAAGAUGAAAAAGAUGGGGGACAUGCAGCUGUCCACCGUCACCGACGCCAAGAAGAGGAAGACCAUCCUGGAGCAGAUCUUCCUGUGGGAACAGAAUCUGGAGAGGUUCCACAUGGAUCUGUUCCGCUGCCGCUGCUACCUGGCCAGCCUGCAGGGCGGCGAGCCCCCGAAUCCAAAACGUCUGCUGGGCUUCGCCUCGCGUCCCACAAAGCUGGCCAUGGGACGACUGGGAAUCUUCUCUGUGUCUUCCUUCCACGCGCUGGUGUCUGCCCGCACCGAGAGUAGCGUGAAGAGGCGCAGCCAGGCAGUCCAUCGCACCUUCAGCAAGCGUCGCAGCCGCUUCUCCUCCCUAUGGGGGCUGGACACCACCUCACGCAGGAAAUCCAAGGGACGCCCCACAAUCAGCCAGGUGUUUGUUGAAGGCAUGGAGCCGCCCAGGCCGCCCAUAGAGCAGACGUUGGAAGACACGGCCAGUGAGAAAUCUAAGGACAGAGAGAACUCAGUGAAAAGUCUUCCGCAGCUGACCCCAGACAACGACAUUUGGGUCCCAGAGAGCCUGUCCCCCUCCUGGGUGUGCCUGCCAAACGACCAACCCGUCCUGGCCAUUGUGCAGCCCGGCGACACGGCGCUGGAAGUCCUGAGCAGCGUUUGCAAGAAACACAAGCUCGACGCUUCUGGUCACUACGUGCGAUUGAAGGUCGGCGUGAACGACAACACUCUGUUCUACGUGCCCAAACCUGAGGAGGAUGUCUACGACGUGCUCUACAAGGAGAUUGAGAUAUGCCCCAAGCACACCAAGGUGAUCCAGUUCGACAGAGCGGAGUCCUGCAGCAUCGGAUACGGUUUCUGUGUGGCGGUUCUGGACGAGGACGGGACGCAGCAGCUUCACAUCACUGAAGUCAAAGCAGGAGGACUCGCCUCGGCCAAAGGUUUGCGAGCGGGUGAUGAGAUCCUGCUGCUGAACAGCAAGCCUGCCUCCGCCCUCCAAAUGGACGACAUGAGGGCGGCGUUUGCUCACCAGGCCUUGACCCUGAGCGUGGGCGCUCUGCCCCGCCUCGACCCCUCCAUGCUGUGCUCGCUGCCGCCCCGCAGAUCCGACACCGAGCCCGGCCUCGCCACGGACAUCUUCUCACAGAGCCAAGAGGACAUCCUGGACGAGGUGUCGGGCUUGACCGUGGAAGAGAGUUUGGAUGAAGGACCCCUCCUGCCACCGCGGAGUCCUGGAGAUCAGCCUGAAGAAAAGAUCUGCGCCGGGGCGGGACAGAAGAGUGCCGAGCAGGUCUCCACCUUCUGCCGCAGCCUCCAUGACGUGAACGCUCCCGACUGCCAGAUGUCGUCGUCGUCAUCGUCCUCGUCCUCAUCCCUCUCGCCAAGCCCCGUGUCGGCCCUGCCGCCAUCUAGUGGCACAGCGGCGCAGAGGCAGCUGUCCCACGCCGACAAGCUCCGCAAGGUCAUCAACGAGCUGGUGGAGACUGAGAAGACUUACGUCAAAGACCUGAGUUGCCUAAUCGAGUGCUACUUGACACCGCUGCAGAAAGAGAGCUUCCUGACUCAGGAUGAGCUGGACGAUCUGUUCGGUAACCUCGGCGAGAUGGUGGAGUUCCAGGUGGAGUUCCUGCGGACGCUGGAGGACGGUAUCAGAUUGGUGCCAAAUCUGGACAGACUGGAGCGGGUAGAGCAGUUUAAGAAAGUGCUCUUCUCCUUGGGUGGUUCCUUCCUUUAUUACGCCGAUCGCUUCAAGAUCUACAGCGCCUUCUGUGCCAGCCACACUAAGGUCCCUAAAGUACUGGCCAAAGCCAAAACCGAUCCCGAUUUCAAGGCCUUCCUGGCCGAGAGAAACCCCAAACAGCAGCAUUCAUCCACGCUGGAGUCCUACCUGAUCAAGCCUAUCCAGAGGGUCCUCAAGUACCCCCUGCUCCUCAGGGAGCUGUUUUCCCUCACCGACCCAGACAGCGAGGAGCAUUACCACCUGGAUGUGGCCAUGACGGCCAUGAACAAAGUGGCCAGUCAUAUCAACGAGAUGCAGAAGCUUCACGAGGAGUACGGCGCUGUGUUCGACCAGCUCAUCAAUGACCAGACCUCACACAAAAAAGUGGCCGAUCUCUCCAUGGGGGAUCUGUUGCUUCAUUCCACAGUGGUGUGGAUUAACUGUCCUGCGUCUUUGGUCAAGGGCAAAAAGGACCCAGAAUUGGCUGCUUUUGUGUUUAAAACAGCGGUGGUGUUUGUGUACAAAGACUCCAAGCACAGGAAGCGAGUGGGUGGAUCUCAUCGAGCAUCGGUUAGCGACGACAAGGAUCCGAUCCGCUUCCGUCACAUGAUCGCCACAGACUCCCUGCAAGUCCGCGCUUUAACAAACUCUGAGGACACCGCCGUGUGCGAGAUAGUUCACACCAGGUCGGAAUCUGAGGGACGACCCGAACGGACCUUCCAGCUGUGCUGCAGUUCUCCAGACAGCAAGAAAGAGCUGCUGAAGGCGGUCCAUUCCAUCCUCAGGGAGAAGCAGCGUCGGCAGCUUUUAAAGACGGAGUCUCUUCCUCUCAGCCAGCAGUACAUCCCUUUUGGGGGCAAGCGACUGUGUGCCCUCAAGGGGGCGCGGCCUACCAUGAACAGAGCAGCUUCCGCUCCUUCCCGGACGCUGGCCCGCAGGAAGUUGGUCCGUAACCGCUUCACCAUCGACACAGACUUGGUUUUCCACGGCAACAACAACACCAAUCAGGACUGUGACCCCUCCCACCACAAGAGUCCCCAACAUGCACCGCUUCAUCCCCAAAAGCCGCACAGCGACGACACGGACCGCUGGGUGGAGGAACAGUUCGACCUCGCCCGCUACGAAGACCCUGCCAAGGUGAAGGAGACCGACAUCCUGAGCGACGACGACGAGUACUGCAAGUCCGUCAGGGCGGCAGCGGUGGCCGAGCCUCACGACCUCCAGCUGGGCGCCCUCACGAUACAUGGCGGGGAGGGACAGUACCAAGACCUGAAUGGACAAGUGCCAACAGAAGGCGGGGUCUCGCAGGACGACGACGCUGAGCGAUUGUCUCGCUGCGCCACGCCCACUCUAAAGGUGGCCCCUCUCAAGCCGUGUGCAGCGGAGAGGGCCGCCAACCAGGACCACGACGUCAUUUGGGUGCGGCGGGACGACUACGGACAAAAUAGCGAUGUCUUCUGACCUGAAGAACUCCAUCCGUGUUCCCUCACACGCUUGACCUUUGACUGUGCGGUGACGCAGGAACACGUGGCCACUUCAUUAGGUACACUUCAUGGCCCCACAGCAGUGCAACAGACGCCCUGCAACACUUUCUCCCUCCAUGAGGACCACAGUGAUACGUUCUAGUUUCAUGUUCCAGUCAACACAAGAAACCCAUUGAUUUGUAUUCAUACAAGAUGGUACAUGCGUUGCAUCCAGAAACAUUUGUCACUCUCAACUUCGUUUGUGCCGUUAGAGCGAGUACCCUGUUGAUUUUAAAGGAUGGCAGCGAAAGUGAGGCCAGAGUUCCUCAUUGGGGUCAUUUGUGGUUUUUAGUGUUUUUAAUUUAGUGCUUUAUUGUCAUUUGUCAUUUUGGCGUUGUGCAAAAACUGAUCCAAGUGUUAGGAGCACGCAGCACCACGUGAUUCCUGGGAGCACGCAGCACCACGUGAUUCCCGUCGCCAAGCUGCCCAUCCAAAUGGAUUAAGGCUUCUCUCACCUUCAUUAAAGUCAUUUCAAAAAUCAUAACCGACUAAAUGUUGCUAGGCUUGAUCGAAAUGUACAAAAUGCAAUGUUUUCACGGCCCCAAAGUCUAUUUUUGCAUCCAAAAUAUGCCGACAUGUAUUUUUGUGGCUCUCGAUUGUUGGGGGUUUCAGCACUGGACGCUUCAGCGAGUUUUUUUUUUUUAUUUUAACCCUUCUUGUAUUUAAAGAAAACAUCUGGAAGCUGACUUGAAAUGUUUUUCUACGAGUUAGCUUGUUACGUUGCUUUUCUACUGUCGUCGUUUACGUUCUGCUCUCCAGUAUCCUUGAUCCACUUUUGCGUGAUUCAUUGCUCACGAAUGUUUCAUUGCUAAUGCUAGCAUCCAUCAAGUUUCUCACCCUCCCUAAAAGAAAAGAAAAGAAUACUAAUUUAUUUGAAGGACUUUCCUGAUAGGACCAACCCUUGAUCUUGUAUUCAUAUUUUAUUCAUCACAAAACAUGGACUAACGCUACUUGUUUAACAUGCAGUUCUUCCUCAUCUACGCUAGGCGGUGCUGUUUCACUCUCGCAACUUGCACUAAUGAACAAACGGGACUGCUGCUCCGGUGUGGAUCAUCAUAAUGGAGGACAAUAAAAGUUAGUUUGAAAUAAUGGUUUUUAACAAUUUAGCAUUUUAGGGUUGUUUUUGGACAACUGUGAGGCACAAUCACUUGACCUCCCAUUCCCCCCCACCCGUGUUGGUACACGCUACGUGGAGUAUAAUCAUUUGUAUGGCAAAAUAAACUUUCUACAUUUG